AUGGCCAGUCCCGUGGUAAUGGAAACUCUCGAGGAGAUCCAGACACGGCAUCGUCGUGAGCUCAAGGACCUGCAGGGCCGCAUAACGGGAAAGAAGAAGAAUGCCACAAAGAAGACGCGCAAAGGCGUAAACGACGAAUGUGCAGAGAUGGAGCGCCAGCUGCGUGAAAAGCAAGCCACCGAGAUCGCCGCUUUGAACAACAGCGAUGACAACAGCGACGAGGGCGAAAGUACCCACACUGAAGCUCAAAACCAGCUCCAGGAAGACAUUCUAGUGAAAGAGACCGAGAAGCUCUCCGUCUCAGAACCGGAACAGCAGCAGCAGCCGCCGGCGCCGGGAAAGAAGCGCAAUCGUCAGAAAGAGCGGCUUGCUCGACGUGCUGCUGAGCUCGAGGCUGAGGCGCAGCGUGCAGAAGAGGAAGCAUCCAGUAUGACCAAUCACCGAGCCAAGGAGAGCGAAUAUAUGAAGUCGACGUUUGAGAAGCAUGGGCUCGUGGAGAAAGAUAUCGCGCCCGAUGGACAUUGUCUAUUUUCAGCGGUGGCGGACCAACUCGGCCAGAAUGAUAUUCCUCUUGGAGACAGUGGCACCAAAGACCCAGCAUACAAGACGGUGCGACGAGUGGCUUCAGAGUAUAUGUUGGAGCAUGGAGACGACUUUGCGCCGUUCCUCGAGGAAGACCUCCAAGACUACGCUCGCAAGAUGCGAGAUACUGCUGAAUGGGGCGGCCAGCUUGAGCUCAUGGCACUAGCACGACAGUAUAAAGCAGAGAUCCGAGUGGUACAAGAUGGGCGCCUUGAGCGUAUUGGGGAGGAAGAGGGAGCCGAGUCAGGCAAAACAUUAUGGCUGGCAUACUACAGGCACGGCUACGGCUUGGGAGAGCACUACAACUCUCUCCGAAAGGCACCAUCAUGA